CUUUGAGCUCAGCUCGUCUUUGGGGUCUUUGGUCUGUAUCUUUUGGAGUACUAGGGCACAAAUCUCAAUCUGAAUCCAUAACAACAUCAUCCAACAGAGGUCAUCGUUUGGCAUCCUAUCUCGAUCUCGGGGAGUCCAAGCUCUCGUCAUGCCCGAACACGAGUUCUUGGCGCCGGGUUCUGAGCUCCACGGGAGUGGUCAUCGUCAUGAGCCCGCCUCUCAACGCAUGACCAAUGAAGAUUUCAGGAAGCUUAUGAUGACACCCCGGGGUGGGAGUGGCAGCACAUCGUCCGUGGGUGCCACGCCCACCUUGGGCUCGGGCAUGAUGGCCACCCCGGUGCGGGGUGGAGGAGCCGCGGGGGCCGCCCCUCGUCCGGCUCAAAAAGUGUCUUCCAAUAAUGAGAAAGCCGAAAAUCGCAAGAAGAAGAAAUCCUAUUACGCCAAGUUAAAAAAGGAAGAGGACGACCAAUUGGCCUUGUUAGCGGCUAAGUAUAGAGACCGAGCUAAAGAGCGACGGGAGGGAGGCGUGGGAGUGGGCGGGGUAGUGGGGUCAGAGGAAGGGGCCGCGGGACUGGAAGGGGCUAUGGCUCCGGUUAACGAUGAAAUCGCCUCGUCGACCAGUGGGUAUCGGGCGGUGGGACCGGAUUUUAAGAGCUCGUUCGAUGCGGCUGAAGCCCGACGACAAAAGAUUCACGAAUCCAAAUUCUUGGGUGGUGACAUGGAACAUACUCAUUUGGUGAAAGGUUUGGAUUUCGCUUUGUUGCAAAAGGUCCGUAGCGAGAUUGCCAAUCGAGAAACCGAAGGUCCAGUUAAAGUUGAACCCGUAGAAGAUGUGGAAGAAGAGAAGAAAGAAGAGGCGGCCAUUGGUAAAUUGGCCCAUCCUGAGGAUGAGCUCCAAAGUCAGUGUCGUACGGCCAUGGGCAAGAAUAUUGUCAGGUCCUUGUUCAAUCCGAAUUACCCCAAGAGCAACGAGUUAUUCUUCCCGGGUCGAAUGGCGUACGUCAUGGAUUUGGAGGAAGAUUUUGGGGAGAGCGAUAUUCCUACCACAACUAUUCGGAGUAAGGCUGAUGUUGAAGGCACGGUGGCUAAUCAAACCACACUCUCCACCAACGAUAUCGUCAUCAACAAGUUAACUCAGAUUCUGUCCUAUUUGAGAGCUGGAAAGUCGAACAAGAAGAAAAAGAAAGACAAACUCAUCCAAAUGGAUAAAGAAGAACUCAAAGAGAUGCGAGCCCAACAGGCCGCUUCUGCCGCUAAUUUGCCUAUUUAUGACGAUGUCGGUGAUUAUGUGGCAGACACCCGAAAACGGAAAGAUCAUAGAGACGAUCGUCAUCGAGAUCGAGAUCGUCGUGAUCGGGACCGUGGAGGCCGAGAUCGACGCGACCGUGAGCGAGAGAGAGGUCGAGAUCGAGACCGGGAUCGUCCCGAAGAUCGAGGAGGCCGAGAGCGCGACGGCAAACGAAACUACUUCGAAAAAGACCCCAACGAAGAGGAGGAGACCGAAAACUUCAAAGGUGGAUUGACCCAUCAGGACAAAGAUUACAUCCGAAAAUUAGGCGAACGAGAACGUGACAAAAGCAAGCGGAAAGUGGAUGCCGCCAAAGGCGGCGUUGGUUUGGAAACCAACUACGAUGGUUAUGCCGAGUGUUAUCCGGGUUUGGAGGAGAUGAAUGAUGCUAUCGAUGACAGUGACGAUGAGGCCGACUACUCAAAAAUGGACCUAGGCAACAAAAAAGGGCCCGUGGGGCGAUGGGACUUUGACACGGCCGAGGAAUACGCCGAGUACAAGUCCAAGCAAGAGGCUUUGCCUAAAGCCGCUUUCCAAUAUGGCGUGAAAAUGACUGAAGGUCGAAAAACGCGUGGCAAAGUCGGUCCCAAGAAUGAGAAGGCCAAAUUGGACCGGGAGUGGAACCAAAUCUCUGCCCUCAUCGACAAGCGAAAAACCUCAGGCCCGAAAAAGCCUCGACUCGAAUAAAGAUUCGUUCGUAAGAUCUAAACCGCAAUGUUAUGUUUGUCUUGAAGCUUAAUAAACUUUGAUUCGUGGCUCAUAAUAAAA